AAUCAGUGGCUGUGGUAUUAUGCUCAUAAAAUAUGAAAGUCUAGUGGCUUUCUCAGAAGUCAUUAAAAAAUAUAAUUCUCUGUAAGAUCUGGGAGUAUUCUCCCAGUUCUGUUAUUUUUUUAUUUAUUUUUCAUCCUUUUUUAAUUUUGAGAAGCAGGGCUUUGAACUGGUUCAAUGAAUGAAAACAAAAAAAUGGAAUCAAGUAACAUUUUAUCAGGAGCAUAAACAAGUUUAAUUGAGAACAACACUUAUUUAAAAUGACCUGUAACCAGUUAACAUUAUCUGUUUAAUAUUUUAAUUUGGCAGUUAUCCAAUCAUGAAUUCAAAUAGAACGACCUAUGGAAAUGUGAAUGUCGACAUCCAACGUGAAUGAUAUGUCCGUGCUUAGUUGGCAAGUCAUUUUUACCCAAUGCCACCAGUUCACACUAUAACACUGUCAUUCUACACAUGAUAUGCUAGAGCGGCAUUUAGAGCUCAGGAGUUUUUGUGAAGAUAUGUCACUAAUCUUUAAACAACUACUUUAUGCAGUGUUUCCCACAGGAAAUGGAAGUCUUGGAGUCUGUAGUUUUAACAAAAGCCCUGUCAAAAAUACCCUGUAUGAUGACAUAAACAAGAAUAUCUGGGUGCAGGUAACACAGAGAAAGAGUACAUGUUGUACACAUUUUCCAUUUACAUAAGCUAUACUACAGACACUGUAACAAUACAAAGCUGGUUGAAAAUUGACAAACUUGAUCUUUAUAUGCGUAAAUCUGGUGCACUUUUGGUGCAAAAUUAGGAGCUCCAACCCUGUUUCAGUGGCCAAAUUGACCAAAGUACACGUGUUUGCAUUGACUUGGACAUUAAAGUGAACACAAACCUAAUUUUAGUUGUGAUAGUGUCUCAGCCCACAUAAAAUUAACACAUUUUUAGGAUUAUCAUUAAAAUAUUUAUUAUUAUUAUCUGUCACAAUCCUCAGUCACUCGCCCAGUCACCACAGAACUACAUUUCCAGCAUCCAUUCUGGUCCCCAGCUGCACUCAGUGUGCCAUCAUCACACCUGCCACUGAUUAUCCUCUCAACAGACACACUUAUAAGCAGUCACUCUCCAGUUCACCAUUGUCUGGUCAUGCCUAAACCACUUUCAUUGUGAAAAAAUGUAACUGAUGCACGUUGAAUGCAUUGGCUCAUGCAGAGAUGGAGUUCAUUGCAUUUAUUAGAAUUUAGAGUAGAGAAACUUUAUUGUCUACCACCAAUGAUAGAAUUUUUUCUUAGGUUAAAAGGCUCUCAUACAAUACAAAUUAACAAUACAUACAAUACAACAAUCAACAAACACAUUUCCUUAUUAAAACAAACAUCUUAAAGAUUAUAAAUAGAAAAAAAUUGAAACAACAAUUGUGCAUAAUUUUACAACCUGCACACAAUUACUUAACCUUGUUUAAAAUAGUUACUGCAUUGGGCACAAAAGAAUUCCUUCUUCCUAGCCAAGGGAGUUCUAAACCGGCAACCUGAUGGAAGUAGCUGAAAAGCAUCAUAAAGAGGAUGUGUCGAAUCUGUAAUAAUAGAAGCUGCUUUCCUCUUUACUGCCAUAUUAUAAAGGUCUGAGAGGUGAAGCUGUGAGACCCCAGUAAUCUUAGAUGCCUGCUUAAUAAUUUUAGAUUUUUUUUCCCCCUUAUUUUCAGCUGAAAUUAAGCUAUACCAAGAAACAAUAUUAAACGUCAUGACUGAUUCAACAAUUGUCCGAUACACUGUUGCAUAAUGUCUUAUCUAACAUUAAAUCUUUUCAGCUGUCUCAGAAGAAAUAAACGCUGAUUAGCCUUGUAGACACAGUUCGCAUGUUGCACAAAGGACAGUUGGCUGUCAAUCACAGUACCCAAAUAUGUAAAGGAUUCAACCUGUUCCACUUCCUGCCCCCCCAACCCUAAAGUGGUUCAGAAAGGGAAGAAGAAAUAUUGGAUGGACGAACCCCCCCACAGCACAACUCUUUGGUCUUAUGUUUAGCUUUAAGGACUGUCAUGGAAUCAACCAACCAUGGAUUCAACAAAUUGCCUGUAUAUAUCCAGGGACUGCUUAUCUGUCAUACAAGUCACUAAAGCCAUGUCAUCUGCGUAUUUCAAAAGUGACAUACCCUUAAUUCCACAUAUGAUUUCAUUUGUGUAUAUGGAAAAUAGAAUAGGUGACAAGACACAACCUUGUGGAACUCCAGUGUUUAUAAUAAUACUACAAGAUUUGUGGUCAUACAUUCUAACAUAUUCUGGUCUGUUCGUUAAAAAGUCCUUAAUCCAUUGCACAAGAGUUAAAUUAACUUGUAAUCUUUGAAGACAGUCCAACAAUAAAUGAAUAUUGAAUGUGUUGAAAGCAUAUGUAAAGUCAAUAAAUAAAAUCCUAACAAACGAUUUUGGAGCAUCCAAAUGUCUAGUAACAGUAUCUAAAAGAGUUAGACAAGCAUCCUCAACUCCCUGUUUCGACUCAUAGGCAAAUUGGAGCGGGUUUAAACACUGACCUACAUUUUCAGUGAGCUCCCCUGCUACCACCCUCUCCAUACAUUUACAAAGAACCGAAGUGAGUUCUGGGGUACAAAAUGUGCGACGAAGGCACCUCCUUGAUUGUCUCGUUAAGAGAAUGCAGAAAUGUGUUCCAAAAAAAGAGUUUUGUUUUUUACCCCUACACCCUUCAUCCCUUCAAAUCUCUCACUCCGGAGGGUAAAUCCUUUGAAGGGAUUAGGGCAUAGGGAUGAGCCCUUCCGAAUGGAACGCAGGGCCACUCUGAGAUGCUGAAACCAUAGAUCAUGAACUGUUCACAUAUGUUUGUUUAAACAUAUUCGUAUGUUUAAACAAACUAUAUAGAUACAGAAAGUUACAGUACAAUGUUUCAGUAACCUUCCGCUCAUACUGUAAGUUUACAUGACCAUUGCAGAAUUUGCAAGAUGUUAAUAAUUUUAACAAAACAAGAAUUAAAAUAAAAAAUGCAUAUUAUUUUUUAUUUAGUACUGUCCUGAAUAAGCAGUUUCACAUAGCAUAUAUAUAUAUAUAUAUAUUGCACAAGACAAAAUAAUGACUGAAUUUACACAUUUUAAAAGUUUACAUACCAUUGAAUCUCAGUACUGUAUGUUGUUUCAUGGAUGAUUCAUUACUAUUUUUAUGUUUUGUGAUAGAUGUUCAUUAGUCCUUUGUUUGUAGUCCACUGUAAUUCAGGGAAAUCCUCCAGGUCCGGCAUACUCUUUGGUUUUCCAGCAUCUUCUACAUAUCUGAACCCUUUACAACAUGAUUUUGAGAUCUGUCUGCGGACUGAGAACAACUGAUGUAGUAAGAGCUGGGGGUGUAAACUUUUGAACAGGAUGAUGUGUACAUUUUUCUUAUUUUGUUUAAAGAUCAUACUUUUCAUUUAGAACUGCUCAUAAGCUACAUAAGAUAUUUACAUGUUUCCCUGCAGACAAAAUAAGUACAGUUUACCCCAGUCAUCUAAUUCAAAAGGUUUACACCCCCAGCUCUUAAUGCACCGUGUUUCCUUCUUCAGCAGAGAAGGUAUAUAAAUAUAAGAGAGGAAAUUAUAGAUUAGAAGUACAGGUGACAAAAAAAAGCUUCUUGUGAAGAACAAAUAAAUAAAGUUCUAUUUUGUUUGUUAGACCUGUAUUAUAUGAUCAUUUGUAAAACCGUAUCAUUUGCAAAAUAUUUUGAAUACGUUUAUCAAAUAUAGGCGGGAUUAGAGUUAUCACAUGGGGACGUUGUCACAAGGGCUAUAUAUCAGUGUAUAUAUAAGGUAUUUGCAUAUAAUAUUUGCACCUAUACAGAGAUAACUGUAAAAUUAAUCUUAUCACAUUGUCUAUAUUAUAUGACAUCCUUCUAUCUGUACUCAUGCUUUCACUCUGAUGUUCCACUGAACUUGUUCAGAAAUCCCAACUCAACCUUGCUCAGCCUACCAGUUUGAAGGGUUUAAGAACUGCAAAACACAAAGACAGUUGUAAACUGAACCACAGCUUGAUCUUUGACUUGUACUGUAUAAAUUUGAGAGAUCUUGAUAAUUCAUCAUCUCAUCCUCUUCAUCAUGAUACUGCUUCUUCAUGUGCUGAUGCUGUUUCUUCUCUCCGGUGGUUCAGCCAAAGUUGUGAAGAAUUUUGAGCUUGAUUGUGGUGAAUUUUUUGCAAAUGGAAAAUCACCAACAAAACUUUCUGGACCACAGUACAAGCAGAUCUGCCAAACUCGAAAUGGUGUUGUUCAUUUUGCCACAUAUUAUGAUACAUACAACAGGAUCCCAGUGUACUCAGCCUACAAGUUUGAAGAGAAAAAGAAAUGCACAAGACAAAACAAUUGGUUAAUUGAACCUCAACUUGAUGAUAAAGCAGGACCAAACAUGGCAUCUGAGGGGUCUGUGAAAAUACGUGGAGAACAUCAAUCUCUCGAUGAAGACUAUGAGAACUCUGGGUAUGACAGAGGUCAUCUAGCACCAGUCUUUCAGGCAAACUCACAGGACUGUGCUUAUGCCACCUUCACUCUCACCAAUGCUGCUCCACAAAACCCCUCUUUUAACAGAGGUCAAUGGAGGAUACUAGAAAAAAACAUGGCAGAAGAACUGUCCAAGCAAUGUCUACCAAAAAAGUAUUCUGUUUACAUAGUAACAGGGGUGACACCAGGUAAAAAUAAAAUAAAAAAAGACAGAGUUAAUGUGCCUAGUCAUUUCUGGACUGCAUACUGCUGCUUAGACAAAGAUAACAGAUGUCAUUUCUCAGGAGGAUUUAUUGGAAAGAAUGAGGACAAGAUUCCUGAAGAAAAAACUGUGUAUGAGUUAGAGACAGAGUUGGCAAAGCUUUAUAAUGUCAGAUCUUUUGAGGUGUUUAAAAGCUCUACAGAACUAAUAGAACCAAAGAAACGAAAAAUAAUAAAGCAUUGAACUAUUGUCUGAAAGAGAAACUUUCAGAAAUCCAACAUUUUUUUGUUAUAAUUAUUUAAUUAUAUAAUUAUGUAAUUAUUAUUUUUGACUAGAUGAUUAUAAUUAUCAGCUGAAUCAUAAUGAGAAUCAUAAAUAAACUUUUGCAAAAAUUCUGCAAUUCAUAGAUGUUUGAAUUGAAACAAUUAUAAUGUGUAUAAAUGAAGUGCAUCAUAUAUUACACUAAUAUGGAAUAAAGAUUGAUUUUGGAUUGAAAGAAAAUAUAUUUUUUGACUCUUUAUUGGACAGACAUUCAUUAGAUUUUAUCUCGUGUUGCACACAUUUCCACUGUGGUGAACUGCUAAACCACAACACUGACACAGAUUGAAUCUUGAUUCACCUAAAGUUUGAGGUCAUUGUAAGAUUGUAAAGUUACAUUAUUACAAAAAUGUACCUUAAAAAAAAAAAAAAUGUAAUACAGAUGAAUACAUAUGAAAACUUUUACAAACUUGUCCCACCCAAUCACUUUGAUUUUAGCGCAACAUGAAUUUAUUUACAUUGAUAUAGCAAUGUGCUAGAAACAUUGUAUCACAAACUCAACAGCUGAAUGUUAAUUUUCCUGGUUAGGAAAACUUUUUUAAUCAAGUCAGGUCGAGUCACCUUCAUUUAUGUACAAUACAGAUUUGUUUUAAAGCAGCUUUACAGGGGUAAACAGGAAUAUAAUGAUUCAGUACGAACAGAAUUCAGUUCUGCUGUGCACUCUUAAAAAUGGUUCCAAAAGGAAGUUUUCAAAGUGAUGCCAUUGAAGAACCAUUUUUGGUUUCCAGAAGAACCUUUCAGUGAACAGAUCUUAAAAGAGCAAUUUUUCUUUAUGUGACGAACAUUUUAAAAACUCUUUUCCAUCAUAAAGAACCUUUUGUGAAAAAAGGUUCUUCAAGGAACCAUUGACGCCUAUAUAUAUAUAUAUACAUUUUUUUUUUUUUUUUUUUUUUUAAAGAGUGUAAAAGCAGCUCAAAAAAGAAAAGUGACUUUUUUCAACUGAAGUCAGUUCAGUGUUGAUCCAGUUCCAUUCAUUAAUUAUGAAAUGAGUUCAGCUAUAAAGCAACUUUGCCAAAAGCAGUGAUGUCAUCGUCCAGCUCAGCUCAGUUCUCAUCCAAUAGAGUCAGUGCAGUCGGAUCAAUGAUAUUGCUGAGUAUUACGUGUCAGAAAUCAGAAAGAAAAAGGCAGAACAGAGAGAAAUAUUAAACGCUUUUUUUUUUUUUUUUGCAGUGAUUCCUUUAAGAAAAUGACCUGUUAGAGUGUAAAAUAAAAUUUGGCACAAUUUCAGCCGAAACCAAAAAUAGAGUAAAAAUUAUAUUAAAGGAAAGAGCCCUGUUCUGCCAGUGUGAUUGUUUAACCUUUACUGCAUGAAAAUCUUCAAGGGUAACCUAUAUCACUAGAUAUAAAGAAGACAACUCAUAAAAAAAUGAAUAGGCCUACAAAAAACACAACGCUCAGUAUGGGAGCUGAACAUUGUCAGGAACAUGGUCUGAUGUUUUUGCUCCAGAAUGCUGCUUAUGCACACUUUCUGGACUAAAUGGAAAACUUUUAGCCUGAUGUGUUCUUGAAACCUAAGCUUGGAAAACACCUUUCAGGUGAACUAAAGCCCGUCUACUUUGAUUUGAUUGGUCAUCUCAAAUAUUUCGGUUAUUUUGGUGCUGUGCAAUAUCCUUGUAUAGCACUAAUAUUAUGCAAUUAUUUCACAACCUUUAUUAUAUACACCUCAAAAAAAAAAAAAAAAAAAGUGUAUUGGUGACCUCAUAAGCUGCUAUGGCUAUGAUCGGUAAGACUGGACCUAUUAGGUAAAGGGAUAGUUCACACAAAAAUUUAAAUUCUGUCAUCAAAUUUCUUUCUUCUGCUGAACACAAAAGAAGAUAUUUUGAAGUAUGAAGAAUGAUGAAUGUGAUUUUUUUUCCAUACUAUGGAAGUCAGUGGGGACCAUCAACUGUUUGUUUACCAUCAUUCUUCAAAAUAUCUUCUUUUGUGUUCAGCAGAAGAAAGAAAUUUGUACAGGUUUGGAACAACUUGGGGGUGAGUAAACUUGAGGGAGAGAAUCUUAA